AUGGAAGACCCGGUCAACAACCUCACCAUGAAAGCCCAAUGGGCUAGACGUCUUGUUCGAGAGAAGCUAGCCGCCGAGCUCAACGCCCUGCAGUCCAGGGCCGGCGAUCUACCAGGAUGUUUACCAAUUCCUUAUUUGGGGCGCCAACAUUACACUCACGAUAAUCUACCAAAGGACCCUAUAUAUGAGAAUGAUACUACCAAGGAGAAGCUUCUCCAUGGAAUUCCUUCCUCCCUUGAUGCCGACCUUCCACCUCGCAAGGUUUGCAUUGUCGGUGCUGGAGUGGCGGGUCUCUACAUUGCCAUGAUCCUUGAUGAUCUCAAGAUUCCCAACUUGACCUACGAGAUCUUAGAGUCUAGUUCCAGGGCCGGCGGCCGGGUUCUGACGCAUCAGUUUAGCCAGGAGCCGCAUGACUACUAUGACAUUGGUGCCAUGCGGUACCCUAAAAUCCCCACUAUGUGGCGUACCUUCGAUCUCUUUCGUCGAACAAAUGUCCCUCAGAUCAAGUACUACCUGGAUGGCGGUGAUGCUUGUCCCAAGCUCUAUAACGACCAUCUUUAUGUCAAGGGCGUCAAAGAUCCGUAUCAAAUCAGUGUUAGAAACGGCGGCUCGGUCCCCAACGAGGUCGUUGACAACGUCGACGACAUAUUGGGCCAGGCCUUCAAUCCAUACAAGAGUGCACUGGCCAAUGAUUUUAACAAUGGCUUCGAAAUGCUCAUGGGUGUGGAUAACUUUAGCACGAGGGAGUUCUUACAAAAGGGUGGCCCCAAGUAUAAGCUGUUCAAGUAUGAUUUUUUUGCUAUUCAAUGGAUGGAGACGCAGAAUACCUCGACGAACUUAUUUGAUCAGGCUUUUUCGGAGAGCGUUAUGGACUCUUUUGACUUCGAUAAUCCUCAGGGUAACGUCGAGUGGGCCUGUAUCGAAGGAGGCACCCAUCUCCUGACCGAUACCAUGGAGAAGGAUCUCGGCACAAAAGUGCAGUACAGAAAGCGGGUUGAGGCCAUUUACCUCGACGAGAAGGCAAUUGUGGACGGAAAUAUGUCUGUCAAAUGUGCUGGGGAGGCUUAUCCUCGCCGCGGUUACAGCACUGUAUUCAACACCGCCCCUCUUGGAUGCGUGGGACGGAUGGACCUUCGCGGACUGGGUUUACAUCCAUCUCAGAAAGAUGCCAUUCGCAGCCUUCACUACGACGAUUCAGUCAAGGCGGCUCUGAAAUUUAGUUAUCCAUGGUGGAUCACCAAGUGCGGUAUUACUGAGGGUGGUGUCAGUUCUACUGACCUCCCGCUACGGACAUGCGUCUACCCAUCUUACAAUCUCCACGACGGAGAGCAUAAUCCUGCUGUCCUCUUAGCUUCAUACACUUGGGCUCAAGAUGCCACUCGUAUGGGCUCACUUGUUGAUCCUUCAAGUGAGGAUGAGUUGGUCGAGCUCAUCUUGCAGAACCUAGCUAGGCUGCAUGCAGCGACCAUCACCUACAAGGAGAUCAAGGAGGCUUACACAGGUGUCUACCAUGCCUUCUCUUGGUCUCACAAUCCCAACAGCGCCGGAGCAUUCGCGCUCUUUGCUCCAGGCCAGUUCAGCAACUCGUAUCCAUACCUCUCUCGACCCAGUGCCUUCGGCAAGUUCCAUUUCGUUGGCGAAACAGCAAGUGCCCAUCAUGCCUGGAUCGUCGGCGCUCUUGACAGCGCCUAUUGUGCCGUCUACAAAUUCCUAUAUUUAUAUAAGCUUUACGACCAUAUCGCUUUGCUACAAAAGAAUUGGGGACACGUGGGGGAGUUGGAGACUGGUGAGCAUGGAACGGUGCACCUUCAGGUUGCACUAGGAGCUCUUGAGGGGAAGUACAAACUCCAGGUUUGA